AUGGCUCUCCAGGCUGACUUUGAUGGUGCUGCAGAAGAUGUAAAAAGAUUAAAGACAAGACCAACCGAUGAAGAACUGAAGGAACUAUAUGGAUUCUACAAACAGGCUACUGUUGGAGAUAUUAAUAUUGAAUGUCCAGGAAUGCUAGAUCUGAAAGGCAAAGCCAAAUGGGAGGCAUGGAACCUGAAAAAAGGUUUAUCGAAGGAGGAUGCCAUGAAUGCCUAUAUCUCUAAAGCAAAAGCGAUGAUAGAAAAAUAUGGGAUAUAGAAUACUCAGCAUAAUUCCCACUAAGAACUAACUCCUUAGCAGCUUAUGAACUAACUCUGUUGAGAAAAAUGCAACUCUAACUCCUUAUUGUGUAGUCUGACAGUAAAAUCUUUUACACAUAAGCUGUUUGACUGUAAAGGUUAUUUACACACGUACUCUGCUUUUAGAUUGUAUCUUAUUCUACACAAAUUUGAACCCAAUAAAU